AUGAAUCAUGUUUCUGUCUUUGUAUGCUUGAUGUGUCUGUUGAUACAGGGGCUGACAUAUGACAAAGUAGUUGGUCAGAUAAACGCGUUGUAUCAACACCAGCUGACGAGACGAUACCAUUAUGAAUUAUGA